UCCAAGCUCUUAAAUUAAUCUUCUCUGAACUGCAAUGUUUAAGCCAUCAUUCUUUGUUGGCUGCGGUAUGUGAUCCCCUGCUGGCCUGUCAGAAUCUGUGAAUAUUAGCUGAAAUGCAAAUAUGCAGGUGUGUAAGAGAUUCUCUUUCUGUUUUCAGAAGAUGAGAACUGAUACGAUAGACAACAACACCACCAAAUCUAGUGCCCCCCUCCUAGCAAACCGAUACACAAGGAUGGUCACCAAAGAUGGACACAGUACAUUCCAUAUGGAUGGAGCUCAAGGAAAAGGUCUGGCUUACUUGAGAGAUGCCUGGGGAAUACUAAUGGACAUGCGCUGGCGAUGGAUGAUGCUGGUUUUUUCAGCUUCUUUUGUCCUCCACUGGUUAGUCUUUGCAGUACUUUGGUACCUACUGGCGGAGAUGAAUGGGGACCUGGAACUGGAUCAUGAUGCCCCACCUGACAACCACACCAUUUGCGUUAAGUACAUCACCAGCUUUACAGCUGCCUUCUCUUUCUCACUGGAAACACAACUCACUAUUGGCUAUGGCACCAUGUUCCCAAGUGGGGACUGUCCUAGUGCUAUUGCCCUACUUGCCAUACAGAUGGUCCUGGGGCUCAUGUUAGAGGCCUUCAUCACAGGUGCUUUUGUGGCAAAGAUCGCCCGUCCAAAGAAUCGAGCAUUCUCCAUCCGUUUUACUCAUUCCGCAGUAGUGGCGCACACAGAAGGCAAGCCAUACCUUAUGUUCCAGGUGGCUAAUACUCGUCCCAGUCCACUCACCAGCGUUCGGGUCUCUGCAAUUGUUUACCAAGAAACAGAUAAUGGUCAGCUGCACCAAACCAGUGUCGAUUUCCAUCUGGACAGUAUCACAUCUGAAGAAUGUCCAUUCUUCACCUUUCCACUGACCUACUAUCAUUCCAUCACUCCAUCGAGUCCUCUAGCUGGUCUCCUCCAGCGGGAAGCUCCUCGCCAUUUUGAGCUAGUGAUCUUCCUCUCAGCCAUGCAGGAAGGUACAGGAGAAACAUGUCAGAGGAGGACAUCCUACCUCCCGUCAGAGAUCAUCAUGCACCACUGCUUUGCCUCCAUGCUAGCACGAGGAACCAAAGGGGAAUAUCAGAUCAAGAUGGAAAAUUUUGACAAGACUAUUCCAGAGUUCCCACCUGCAGCAGACUCUAAGAACCCAAAAAGGACUGACCAGGAAAUCCGCAUCAACGGACAGCUUACUGAGAGCUUCCAGAUCUGUGAGACUGGUCUAACAGAAUAGACUAUGGACUUGGCAAAACAUUUUUUUUUAAUUCCAUUAAACUUCCAGGUUCCAUUUCCAGCCUUCCUUCCUUUAAUUCCAUCCUGCCAUUUUCUCUUGUGCUCUUCUCUUUCCUUUUUCUCCAUCUGUUUUGACUCCAGCAUGGUGUGCAGAGUUGAGCAUAAUGUGCCCAUGUAAACUGAGAAGAGGCUGGAUUAAUUGCACAGAACAGAAAGUCAGGGACCAAGUACACGUUCUGGGAAAAUGGAAGUGCUACCUGCUGAAUUCACUAGACUAUGAGUAAAACUGCACUGACCCUGAAACAAGAGACUUUCAGACUCUCACAGCUGACCAAAAACCUAAUUAACUGGUAUGCAGCAAAGCAGACAGCAACAAUACAAGACAAGACUGCACUGAAAAUCCUACUGAGGUUAUUCAGUUAAAACACACUAGCUCUGGGAUCAGCAGUGAAAUAGUUCCAAGAUUCGUAUAUCCCUUUUAAUGCUAACCCUCUGCGUACAGUGUUAUAUAAGCUUUCAAAUGGCUGAACAACCUAUUAAAAACUCAUUGCCAGUUUUUACUGUGGCAGUGAAAUGCAUUCAUGCUACGCUCAUUUAUUGUGUGAAAAUGUAAGAACUGACUGCAUUUUAUUGGCUAAGAAAGGGCUUAUUAUUGCUAGGCAGGCUUGUGAAGACAGAGAGUGUCAAAAAUCCUGGAGUAUAUGAAAAAGCAUGAUGCAGUAGGGAUAUUUUCAUACUUGGAAACAUUUAAUAAAUUAUUUUAGCAGUAGAAAA